AGUUUGUAUUCCACUAGGCAAUGGCGUCCGUUGGCGGCUCUUCGACUUCCAUCAUUGAAAGAAAAAGUAGAAACGUUCUCACUUCCCCAACUUUUAAACCAAGAAAGAUCGAAAAUUUGGCUGUUUUUAAUGGUUCAACAAGUGGGGGUUCUUUGUUCUUCAAUAAAGGGCAGCUUUGGAGGUUUAAGUCUGUGCCAGUAGCGGGUUCCCGGGAUGUUGUUGGUGGCACCGGUGAUGACCCAGAUGAUUCACUCCAGGAUACAAUUGAGAAGAGAAAGAAGGUUCUUGCCUUGCAAAGAGACUUCUUUCAACAGAUUGCAGAAAGAAGGAAAAUGGUUUCAUCCAUAAAAAGUAGUAUUACAGACCUAGAUGAAGAUGAAAAUUUUCUUAAGCAGAAGGAUAAGUCUCUUCCCAGUAUGGAUUUCGCUUCAAGCAGCCCUGUUAGAAUGGAUGAAGAAAAAAUUGAGAGCAUUUUUUCUUCAAGCAGUCAUGUUACUUCAACUAUGGAGGACAUAUCGGAGAUCCAACCCUCAGAUAAAGUUGGAGAUGAACCUGAAGUGCAUUUGCCUUCAGAAAAGGCCUCCUCCAAUUUAGAUUCUACCCAACAGUUGGAAACCACUGAUUCUAAAGCAUUUAAGUCUAUCACGCUUCCUUCUUUUCCCUCGAGUUCCUCCUACCCUGCCCAAGUUACAGCUGUAGAGAAUGAAAAUUCGACCAAAACAGACUCGGGAGUGGUUGGUGAGGUACAUGAUCCUGCCGUUGAAGUUGAAAACCCCCCACCACUGGUGGGUGCAAACGUCAUGAAUAUUAUAUUAGUAGCUGCAGAAUGUGCUCCAUGGUCUAAAACAGGUGGCCUUGGAGAUGUUGCCGGUUCUUUACCAAAGGCUUUGGCUAGACGUGGACACAGGGUUAUGGUUGUGGCACCUCGAUAUGCUGAUUAUGCUGAACCGCAAUACAUAGGAGUUCGAAAGAAGUAUAAGGUGGAUGGUCAGGAUAUGGAAGUAUCAUAUUACCACGCCUAUAUUGAUGGUGUGGAUUUUGUUUUCAUGGAUACUGCUAUGUUUCGCCAUAUGCAGAAUGACAUAUAUGGAGGAAAACGACAGGAUAUUCUGAAGCGCAUGGUGUUGUUUUGCAAGGCAGCUGUCGAGGUUCCUUGGUAUGUACCAUGUGGAGGUGUCUGCUAUGGAGAUGGAAAUCUGGUUUUCAUUGCUAAUGAUUGGCAUACUGCCUUAUUGCCAGUCUACUUGAAGGCUUAUUAUCGAUACAAUGGUUUGAUGUCCUUCACUAGAUCCAUUCUCGUUAUCCAUAAUAUUGCUCACCAGGGUAGGGGGCCUUUGGAGGAUUUCCGUUUUGUCGGUCUACCAGAUCACUACUUGGACCUUUUCAGGUUAUAUGACCCUGUUGGUGGUGAGCACUUCAAUAUCUUUGCAGCAGGGCUAAAGACUGCUGACAGAUUGGUUACUGUUAGCCAUGGAUAUGCUUGGGAGAUUAAAACUGUGGAAGGUGGUUGGGGUUUACAUGGGACUAUAAAUGAAAGUGACUGGAAAUUGCAAGGAAUAGUGAAUGGAAUCGAUUCGGAGGACUGGAAUCCACAACAUGAUGUUCACCUCAAAUCAGAUGGUUAUACUAACUACUCCAUUGAAACACUGCAGACCGGCAAGGCUCAGUGCAAGGCAGCCUUGCAAAAGGAACUUGGGUUACCUGUUCGUGACGAAGCGCCGCUGAUCGGUUUUAUUGGGAGACUGGAUCAGCAAAAGGGUGUUGAUAUAAUUGCUGAGGUAAUUCCCUGGAUGAUAGACCAGGAUGUGCAAUUAAUCAUGUUAGGCACUGGCAGACAGGACCUGGAAGAGCUGCUUAGGCAGUUUGAAGCCCAAUAUCAUGACAAAGUCCGGGGAUGGGUAGGGUUUUCUGUACAGACAGCUCAUCGUAUAACGGCUGGGUCGGAUAUCUUGCUCAUGCCAUCGAGAUUUGAGCCCUGUGGACUGAACCAACUCUAUGCUAUGUGCUAUGGAACAGUUCCUGUUGUUCAUGCCGUCGGUGGGUUGAGGGACACGGUGCAGCCUUUUAAUCCAUUUGAAGAGUCGGGGCUCGGUUGGACAUUUGAUAGCGCGGAUGCAAGUAAGUUAAUAUAUGCAUUAGGGAACUGCUUAUUGACAUAUCGUGACUACAAAGAGAGUUGGGACGGACUCCGAAGACGGGGUAUGAUGCAAGACCUCAGCUGGGAUAAUGCUGCUCAGAAAUAUGAGGAAGUCCUUGUUGCUGCCAAAUACCAAUGGUGAGCUAUUUGUUCUCACUGAACCAUCUAUGAUUUUGACUUUCUAUCCAUUGCCGAGUCAGUUGAUAAUAUGGUGGAAAUCCCGACCGAAUUGAUAGCUGAGUCGGUUGAGUUGGCAGAAAUUCUGGUUUGAAGUAAUUGCAGCGUAUGAGCUUGUUCCUGAAGAUGCUGCUGGUGCUCAUAAAUAACAUUGGGAUAUUCCCAUUUUUAGUUUUUUUUUCGUUCAGUUUUCUGUUCAAGGUUAGUGGAAAGCUUACCACUUCCAUUGUAAAUAUGAGGUGAGCUUGUUGGUUAUCCAAAUAAAUUUCUAGUACGGGUGUUUUAUGUUGCGGAAUACGGCUAUC